AGAUAACCUCACUUUUUCAUGCUGUUCCUCCAAUCCUCCAUUGACGUACAAUUGUUUAUUGUAUUCAUAAUCAUUUUAUAUUAUUUGCGUAACUGUGUUUCUUAUGAGGCGACAGACAAUAUAAAACAUAAGUUCUACGAUGGAUACCGAAGAGUAUUUUCCCCGUGGUGGAAAAAAACCGACUUCAACACAUUUUAAACAAAGUGCUAAUUUUUUAGGGACAAUAGAGAAAACCGAUAAAAAGAAAACAAAAUUAAAAAAGAAAUCUGAUGAAGAUGAUGGCUAUUUAUCAGAUGAAAUCGUUCAGCCGGAUGAAGAUAAAUCUUACAGAACUUGUGGUCUCUGCUUAUCAUAUAAGAUAAUUAAGGAAGAUUUCCUUGUACUUGGCAGAAUUUCUGAAGUAAAGGAAACUAAGCUUUUAGUGUCACUACCAAGCAGGCUGAUUGGAACAGUGAUGGCGUGCCACAUCAGUGAGUCUUACAAUAAGCAGCUGGAGGCAUAUGUGAAUGAUCAGAUUGACAAAGUGAAAGAGCUGCCUACAAUGUUUAAAAAAGGCCAAUAUGUAUCAUUGAAGAUUCUAGAAGUAUCCGACAGACAAAUAAUGCUGUCAAUGAUGCCACAACAUGUGAAUAGUAUGAGAAGGCCGGCCGAUCUACAUAAAGGUGCACUACUGCAAGCUGCUGUGUCUUCAGUGGAAGAUCACGGCUUCAUGAUGGAUGUGGGCAUUCCAAAUACAACAGCCUUCCUGCCGAAGGAUGCUGUUGACUCGGAACUAGAAUUGGAUAUUGGGAUGAUUACGUGGUGCAGUGUGAAGUCAGUUGAAACAUCUCCUGAUAAGAGUGUGGUGAAGCUGACCAGCAACAUGGCUGUGCUGCAGAAGUCAUUCCAGAGAACCUCCAGUGAUGUGAUACCUUGCGGUACUGCGGUGGACUUCAUUGUGGAUAAGCCUCUGGAUAACGGGAUAGAGGGACGGAUUUUCGGCGACAGAGUAGCGUACAUACAGAGGCCACACAUCGACACCAGCAAGGGAAAAAAACCUGCGUUAGGACAGAAGAUCCGUGUGCGAGUGUUGUACUGCAUGCCGCCCGGGAACAUUCCGUACGCGAGCAUGCGUGAUGUGUUCGACCCUGCGGUCACCAGCGCGCUCGAGCGGUCUUACAACGACGGAGACAUCGUGGAAGACGCUCAGGUGAUAAAGGUUCUAGGGAAGUCAGUAUACUUCAGACUGGGUGGACGGAGCACGGCUGCCAAGGGCAAAAGGUCCAAGAAGACGGCCCCGGAGAGCGCAGGGGGCCCGACUUGCACGGGCGUGCUCAAUGUCCGCCGGGUGCAGAUGCACGACGAUUUCACUGACGAGCAAAUGCUGGCGAAAUCUUAUCCUAUAGGCAGCUCACAUCGAGUUAGAAUCCUAGGUUAUCACCUCCUGGACAAGGUCUACUCUAUCACGGACCAGUCCAACCUGCUUAACGAGAAGUACUUCUCCAUGUCGCAGUUGACGAUCGGCGAGGUGGUCACGGCAACUAUCACAGAGGUGACGGAUAAACACCUGAGGGCUACAGUGGGCAGGGUGCAAGCAUUUGUACCGCAAGCUCAUGUGUCUGACUCCGGUAUAUACAUGGACCCGAAGAAAGCUACCGUGUCCAAGUUGACCAGAAAGAAGUACAAGGUCGGGCAGGAGGUGACGGGUCGGAUCCUGUCGCUGGACGAGGGGCGGCACAGCGUGGUGCUCACACUGAAGCCCUCCCUGGUGGUACCAGACCUCGAGGUUCUGGCCAGCUACGAGUCCGCGAGGGUCGGAGCGCAGUACACGGGCGUUAUUGGGGUGAUACGUGACUACAUCCUUGUGUCGUUCUUCAACAACGUGACGGCGUUCGUGCCGCGCAAUUUCAUCAGCAAGGAACCCCUCGAGAACCUGGCGCUCGCCUUCCACAUCGGCCAAAUUGUAUCUUGCGUUAUAAUCAACGUGGAUGUGGAAAGCAAAAAAAUGGUCGGCAGUUUGACGACAGCACCGUUUAUUCCAGACGGCAGAAAGAAGAUAAAUAAAAACAAAGAAAAAGUCGCUGAAAAUAAUGCUGAUCUUGAGAUGGAAAACAAUGAUAGUAAAGAUAUAGUUGAAUCUAAGAAAAGUAAACGUAAACAUGAUAGUACUAGUGAAACGGAAUUACCACAAGAAACUGACAUCAAACCUAAAAAGAAGAAAAAAAGUAAACACAAAGAUGAAGAUAAGGGGGAAGAUGAAACAGCAACUGUGAGGCAAGAGACAGAGGACAGUGACGCGAUUGAAGCUGAUUUUAAAGAACCUCAACUGUUGAGUGUAAGAGAAUUGAGAAUGGUAGACUUAACAAAUUGUAACACAGAAUAUGAAUUAAAAGAUCGCGUUCGUUUCUUCCUAAAGCGGAUAGAAAAGAGAAUCAAAGAGUAUGACGUUAUAGAUGAGAAAAUAAAGGAAAUAGAGAACAAUGGACUCAACACACUAAAUAAAAAGAUACACACAGAACUUUACAUAGAGAAACUACAGCUACAAGAGCGCAUAACGAAAAUAAUGGACACAUUGAAAACAGCGCAAGAAAAGUUAAAACAGGUGCUUGCCGAAAAAGGGGAAGUUGUUGAAAGAAAAGCGAAGAAGAAUAAAAAAGAGGGGAAAAAAGCUGAACAGAAAGAAGCGGAGCAGGAAGAUGAGAAUUUAGAAAGAAUGAAAGAUAUAAAAGUCAUUGGUAAUAUGGAGCCAGCGAUAGCGGUGCCGAGUGCUAAAGAUUUCUGGGCGGCGGAUGAAGAUGUUGCUACCAAGAAAGAGGAAUCAAGUAGCAGCGAUGAUGAGGACUUAGAACGACCUAAGAAGAAGCGCAAGAAACUAUCAACCGCGGAAAAGGUUGCCAAGGCGAGAGAAGAGGAGGAGAGAGUUAGGGAGAUGGAACGGAGAGCGAUAGAGAGUGAGAAGGAACCGCGCUCAGUGGAACAGUUCCAGCGAGCCCUACUGGCCAGUCCCGACUGUAGUCAGCUGUGGAUAGCGUACAUGGCAUUCCAUCUGCAGUCGACAGAAAUAGAUCGCGCGCGGGGAGUGGCUCGUCGUGCUCUCUCCACCAUCUCUUUCCGAGAGGAGAGUGAAAAACUGAACGUGUGGCUGGCGCUGCUAAACCUCGAGCAUCGCUUCGGCACCAAGGAGACACAGCAGAAGACCCUCGAAGAGGCGCUCCAGAUGAACGAGCGGUACCAAGUGCACGCCAAGCUGCUCGACAUCCUGGUGGAGACGGGAAACCAGCAGGAGCUGGUGCAGCUUGUUGAGCUGAUGAUGCGGAAGUACCGAGGCCAGCUGGCGGCGUACCUCGCUUGCGGCGCGGCCUGCUACUCCGCCGGGCUUCUGGAGAAGGCGCGGCAGGUCAUGCAGAAGGGAGUGGCGGCCCUCGACAAGAAAGAGCAUGUGUCGCUGCUGGUUCAGUUUGCCCGGCUGGAGAGGACCGCGGGCCAGCCGGAACGAAGCGAGGCAUUGUUCGAGCAGGUUCUGGCGGCCUACCCGGCGCGAGUCGACGUGUGCUGCGUCUACGUCGACCUGAUGAUGCACGCGGCCGACCUCCAGCGGAUACGGCAAGUUUUGGAUAGGUUAACGUCACAGAAGUUGCCAGCUCGGAAAAUGAAGAUAUUAUUCAGGAAAUGGAUUGAGGUGGAGGAGAAGAUCGGAGACCAGGAAAUGGCAGAAAAGAUACGACAGCGCGCACUCGAUUAUGUUGAUAAAGCGAAGUUUUAAAUUAAUUAAGAACUGCUUUGAUGUUUGAUUUUAUAAAUAAAACAAAAUAAUCGUUAAUAA